AUGGAGAAUUAUAGGAAGGGAUCUACUAAUUCAGUUCAACCAGGUCCAUUCUCUAGGAGGAUCUUUCACUUUAAAAGGGAAAAAAUUGCUGAACUCAAAGCAAAAGCUAACUCAGAGGUCGAGGAUGUUGUCAUCAGCAACAAAAUCUCCUCCUUGCAAGCUGUGCUCGGCCAUGUUUGGAGGUCUGCUAUCAGAAAUCAGAAUCUUGACCCUGAAGAAGAAGUCACUUACGGAUUCCUCAUAUCCGCUAGAUCUAGAGUUUCACAUCCACCAAUACCAGACACCUAUUUUGGAAUCACAGUGCAGUUCAUCACUUCCGUGACGAUGAAAGUAAGGGACUUGGUGGGAGAUGGAGGCCUUGGGAAGUUUACAUUGGAAAUGAACAAGGCAAUCUCAUCAUGCACAGAAGAGAAGAUCAAGAAGGACUUUGAAGCUUGGGUGCAAAAUCCAACCAUGCGCUCACAACGUGCGGUAAAUGGGAGGUUUAUGGCAACCAGUAGCUCGCCGAGAACCAACUUUUAUGACAUUGAUUUCGGCUGGGGAAGGCCGGCGGCCGUUCGCGUCGGCCCCGCCAAUACAAAGGUAUGGAAACUAGCGGCGGAUGCCGGAGCAGAAGAAGGUAGCUUCGACUUUGAGAUGUGUGCUUCCUACGAAAUACUAGAAGCCAUGGCAAGGGACUCUGAGUUCAUGUCCAUGGUGUCGCCGCCGGCAUCGAUGGGGUUAUCCAAACUGUGA